AUGGCCCAUAUAAUUAACCAUCGCGCAAAUUAUACGUUCAUGACAGAAUAUGUGGAUAGCUCGGAGAAUUUGAAGCUCGCAAUGGUAUUGCUUCGUGAUAAGAGUAAAAACAUUCAGUACGAAGCCUUCAAUAUUUUUAAGGUUUUCGUUGCCAAUCCUAAGAAGUCAAAGCCUGUUGCAGACAUUUUGAUUAAAAACAAAGCCAAGUUAUUGAAUUACCUUAACAGCUUUCAGACGGAUAGAAAUGAAGAUGACACCUUUCAGGAUGAGAAGGCCUUCAUUAUCACAAAAAUAUCAAACCUACCUAGCCAAGUCACACCGUCAGCAUCUGCAUCUGCCGUCGUUUCCCGCAGGACGUCGCCAACACCAGCUGGAAGUUUCUCGAACCCUGAUAGUAAGGGUUCCAGCGUCAAUGAUAGUCGUCAACCAUCGCCAACGGCAGCGGCCCAAUCACAAGAAUUGAAACUGCCAUCGACUCAAUCACAAACGCAUAUGCAAUUGCCGCAUCAACCGCAACAUUUUCAGCCACAACCGCUAUCACAAGCCCCAGCCAGUCUCAACCCACCAGCCCAACAUACCAAACCACCUGUCGUUCCAGGUUAUCCCAGCUCCCAAAAUGAUGGUGGCCCUCUACCAAAUCAUGGUCUUGAGCGCAGGUAG